CUUUUUCUCAGUUUCACAUAAAUCUGACCUUUUCAGCCUGCCAACCUCAAGAUGGCUUCAGUUCUCGGAAAACGUAAAUCGCAUGAUAAUAAAUCAGAGUCAUCGUUCUCACAUGAAGCUGCUCAGGCUAUAUUUAGACGACAUUUCGAGGAGCAAUUUGCUCCAUUAGAACCCUCAAAGCCCGUUGUGAAGGCGACGCAACCUUCCGAGUUAGAAGAUUUGCGUUCUGAUUCAGAGGAUGGGGCGUCUGACGACUCCUGGGAUGGUGUAUCGGGUUCAGGGGAGGACUCAGAGCCAGAAGCUCUCGAUGAGGCAGCCGAAAUCGUGGAAGUAGUCGAGCACACGAGCACCACUCCGGCACUCUCUAACGACCCCCUUUCUAAACGUGAAAGUAAAGCAUACCUCUCUUCGCGUGUACCAUCUUCGUCUAUAGAUCCAAAUGCGCCAUCUUCAACAACAACAACAACAACAAAACGCAAAGCCGCUGGGGACGAAGAUGCUCCUUCGCUACUAAAGAACGAUUUGGCCCUGCAACGUCUAUUAUCGGAAUCUCAUCUUUUUUCGGGGAGUCAGAACGGCGGCAGCACCGAACAUGCGGGUCGGAAUCGCCAUCUAGCUACGGAUAUGCGGUUAGCGGCGCUUGGGUCGAAAGCUAGCAUUUUCAAACAGGAAAAAAUGCCUAUGUCGCAUCGCAAGGGGAUUACGGCAGCUGCGGCAACGCGUGAGUCUAAGCGGCGGAAGGAAGCUCGAGAAAAUGGUAUUAUUCUAGAACGACCUGCGGGAGGUGCUGCGAAAGGGAAGCCCAAAAUGAGAAAGAGGGAAAGGGCUGUGGAUGCACCUGCAGUGGGAAGGAUGAGGAACGGGAUGUUGAAAUUAAGCAAGAAGGAUAUUACGGAAAUCCAGGGAGAUGAUAGGAGAUCCGGGAGUAAAGGUGAUAGAAAACGGAGAAGGAGGUGAGAGGAUGUUAGGGCUGUUCAUGAUAUGCUAUUGGGUGACCCAAUUGGCUGGAUAUUCCUGGUGCAGUUGUGAAGGGGAAACCGCACAACAACAACGCCGGGCGGUGUUGAUUUAUUUAGGUGCCUGCCAUCCAAGAUGCAAACACUACCCCACCGACCAUAAUUACAACAAAUUUUCCC